AUGUCGAUGCUCAGGGAAUUUGAAACUAUGGAUACCUUACCGUUUGUUAAGGAAACGGCUCCGCAACCGCGUGAUAAAGUGGUAGCGCCUACUAUAGAUGAGGUUGAUGACAACCCAGAAGAUUUAAGAGAUAUGAGAGGUCAGGGCAGAUAUUUCGGUGUUGCUGGUGAAGAUGGCAUCAAUGAAGCAGAGCCAAAAUGUAAUAAUUGUUCUCAAAGGGGCCAUUUCAAGAGGAACUGUCCGCAUGUCAUUUGUACUUACUGUGGAGCCAUGGAUGAUCAUUAUUCCCACCACUGUUUAAAGGCUAUUAAGUGCUCAAAUUGCAACGAAAGUGGUCACUAUCGUUCUCAAUGCCCCAACAAGUGGAAGAGAGUAUUUUGUACACUUUGCAACAGUAAGAGACACUCGAGGGACAGGUGCCCCAGCGUUUGGAGAGUUUACAUAUUGAAAGAUGAAAAUUCUAAACGUACACUACCGAUGCAUGCAUUUUACUGUUAUAACUGUGGUGGUAAGGGACAUUUAGGUGACGAGUGUGAUUCUCGAAGAUCGUCUAGGGUACCUAACGAUGAUGGUAGUGCAUUCUCGGGUGAUAAUUUAUCAUCUGAAUUAAAGAAAGAUUAUUUCCAAAAUUUGAGGAAACAACGGUUAGAACGUGAUAGUGAAUUCGACUACAAGGAUUACGAAUUUGAUGAUGCCCUUUACGACGAUGAACCGGCUCGCAAAAGAUCCAAACCAUCAUCCAAGAAACGCAAACAUAACAGCAAUAAUGGUAACGGUUAUGGAAACGGCAAUGGAAGUGGAAAUGGCAAUGGAAAUGGAAAUGGAAAUGGCAACAAUAGGCAUAGAAGAUCUGCUCAGCCUGUACAGCCCGUUCAGAGGGGUGGUACACUACCACCUGCAAGAAACAGAUCACAUCCACUUGACUUCCCACGCAAUGGGGGUGGUCGUAAUGCAUCUACAGUCACUCAAAACAUGGAUAACUCGAGAUAUGGUAGGCCCAGCUCACGUAGAAACCAGCCACGUUCCAACUAUAAGAACUACAACUCUUUCAAACCUUUUAGAAGUGGAACCCUUAACAUGAGAAGGUAA